GGGCGGGGAUUGUCUGUGUUUGGUAACUCAAUAGCACAAGUUACACAAGCAAGGAUAAUUUUAUAAUAGGAGCAUUUCCCAACUUGUACAUCAAUUCGCACGCUCAGCACAUGCGUCCGAGAAAGCAAUUCUGUCUUCUCCUUUGGCUGGUACUACAAUUAAAAUAGUCAACCUGAAAUCAUAGAAUAGAAUAGAUCAUCAUUGACGUCCACGCCUCACCUUCGAUGUAUGAGACAAAACGAUCAAAUUGCCUACAUUUGAGUCGACUGACAUCAGGAGUCGCAAGAACAUUUAUCGCUUUAGGCUGAAUAACACGGAACUCCAAAGUAAAGUCAGUAUGUUUGCUUUGACAGUGUAAAUAUCAAUCGCGAGCAGAGAGAGCGAGCGCGUCGAUCUUGAACAACUACAGCGCGCGAAUUUUCUAACGUUGAAUUCUUCAAGUGGAGUAGGACACAGAAAGGAGUUUGUCGUCGCCAUGGAGUUGAAUUCAGUGCUUUUGACUGCGGGUGGCUCUAUUGGAUUUUUUAAACUUGUCAACUGUGGUGUCAGUAAACUCCCUAUUCCCGAGACUGCUUGCAGAAACGCCUGGAAAUGGAGAAAUAUCUGCACAUCUUUCACCCACAGUCUGAUAACUGGGAUAUGGGCUGUACUGUGCUUUUUCGUACACCCACAGAUGGCCGAAGAUUUGAUAGGAACCCAUUCUGUGUUCUCGCACACGUUGGUUUCUGUAUCAAUUGGCUACUUCAUCUAUGACUUCCUUGAUAUGGUGCUCAACCAAAAGAUGAUCCUGUCAUGGGAGCUCCUAUUUCAUCACACGGUGGUGAUCAGCUGUUUCGGCAUCACCGUCCUGACCGGUCGCUACGUGGGCUUUGCUGUGGUGGCCCUCCUUGUUGAGAUCAACUCUGUGUUCCUCCACCUGCGGCAGAUCUUACGCAUGGCCAACCUAGCAGAGGGCAACCUCUACCGCAUCAACAGCAUGGUCAACCUAGGUACCUAUGUGGUGUUCCGGAUCAACACCCUGGCCUGGAUGACCCGCUGGCUGGUCCUGAACCGGGACAACAUCCCCCUGUUCAGCUACACAGCGGGGAGUGUAGGGCUAGCCAUUAUGACUGCCAUGAAUAUAGUGCUCUUCUACCGCCUGCUGAGGUCUGACUUCCUCAAGAGUAGUACACCCACGCCCACAGAUUGUAAAGAGAGUAGAGGGCAAGGAGAGGGAAAGAAGGAGACGUAGGAAGGGAGGGAGGGAGGGAGAAGAGAUAAUGGCAGAGAUUGUAUAAUGGCAGAGAUGGAUAAGAUGUCCUUGAGUAUUCGAGAGGGUGAGCAGGAUGUAUGAACACAUGUACGUAUGUACACACACAGGGAGAUACAUAAGACAUCCUGUCGCGAAGCCGGGAGCGUGAGGAUGUCAGUCACAUACAAACACACACACAUAUAAAUACACACUUUGUGGCCAACAGACCUUGUACCUUAUGCCUGUACUCUACCUAAGAGAUCUAACCAAAUACACUUCCCCAUCUCUUCUGUUUUGAGGUACAGGCGUUUACAAUUCACACACACAAGGUCCAUUGAAUGAUAGCCAAAAAGAAGUGACACAUCUAUGAAAUAAUGUGUGUGUAUAUAUGUGUACUAUGUGAGUGUGCAGGAUAAUGUGCUCUACUGUACCUUAGAAAGUUUGGGUUCUCACCCAAUCGGUCGUGUGUGUGUGUGUAUAUAUAUAGUCAAAAGUUUGGACACACCUAAUCAUUCAAGUUUUAAAAAAAAUUGUACUAUUUUCUACAUUGUAGAAUAAUAGUGAAGACAUCAAAACUAUGAUAUAACACGUAUGGAAUCAUGUAGUAAAAAAAAAAGUUAAACAAAUCUAAAUAUAUUUUUGAUUUUCGAUUCUUUAAAGUAUCCACCCUUUACCUAGAUAACAGCUUUGCACACUCUUGGCAUUCUCUCAACCAGCUUCAUGAGGAAUGCUUUUCCAACUGUCUUGAAGGAGUUCUGACAUGCUGAGCACUUGUUGGCUGCUUUUCCUUCACUCUGCGGUCCAACUCAUCCCAAACCAUCUCAAUUGGGUUGAGGGUCGGUGAUUGUGGAGGCCAGGUCAUCUGAUGCAGCUCUCAAUCACUCUUCUUUUUGGUCAAAUAGCCCUUACACUGCCUGGAGGUGUGUUGGGUCAUUGUCCUGUUAAAAAACAAAUGAUAGUCCCACUAAGUGCAAAUGAGAUGGGAUGGCGUAUCGCUGCAGAAUACUGUGGUAACCAUGCUGGUUAAGUGUGCCUUGAAUUCUAAAUAAAUCAUGACAGUGUCACCAGCAAAGCACCCCCACACCAUCACUCGUCCUCCUCCAUGCUUCACGGUGGGAACUACACAUGCUGAGAUCAUCCGUUCACCUACUCUGCAUCUCAUAAAGCCACGGCAGUUGGAACCAAAAACCUCAAAUUUGGACUCAUCAGACCAAAGGACAGAUUUCCACCGCUCUAAUGUCCAUUGCUCGUGUUUCUUGGCCCAAGCAGGUCUCUUCUUCUUAUUGGUGUCCUUUAGUAGUGGUUUAUUUGCAGCAAUUCGACCAUGAAGGCCUGAUUCACACAGUCUCCUAUGAACAGUUGAUGUUGAGAUGUGUCUGUUACUUGAACUCUGAAGCAUUGAUUUGGGCUGCAAUUUUUGAGGCUGGUAACUCUAAUGAACUUAUUCUCUGCAGUAGAGGUAACUCUGGGUCUUCCUUUCCUGUGGCGGUCCUCAUGAGAGCCAGUUUCAUCAUAGCGCUUGAUUGUUUUUGCGACUGCACUUGAAGAAACUUGAAAGGUUCUUGAAAUGAUCUGCAUUGACUGACCUUCAUGUCUUAAAGUAAUAAUGGACUGUCAUUUCUCUCUGCUUAUUUGAGGUGUUCUUGCCAUAAUAUUGACUUGGUAUUUUACCAAAUAGGGCUAUCUUCUGUAUACCACCCCUACCUUGUCACCACACAACUGAAGAAGGAAAGAAAGAAAUUCCACAAAUUAACUUUUUAACAAGGCACACCGUUAAUUGAAAUGCAUUCCAGGUGACUACCUCAUGAAGCUGGUUGAGAAAAUGCCAAGAGAGUGCAAAGCUGUCAUCAAGGCAAAGGGUGGCUACUUGGAAGAAUCUCAAAUAUAAAAUAUAUAUUUGAUUUGUUUAAAUGUAUUUAAAUAAAAAAUAAUCCCUCAUCAAUCUACACACAGUACCCGUUUAAUGACAAAGCAAAAACAGGUUUUUAGAUUUUUUUGAAAAUGUAUUUAAAAAAAAUGAAAGACCUUAUUUUACAUAAGACCCUUUGCUAUGAGCCUCGAAAUUGAGCUCAUUGGGCUCAUGUUUCCAUUGAUCAUCCUUGAAAUGUUUCUACAACUUGAUUGGAGUAAGAUCUUUUUGUUGUUGAAUUUUACCCCUUUUUCUCCCCAAUUUCAUAGUAUCCAAUUAUUUUAGUAGCUACUAUCUUGUCUCAUCGCUACAACUCCCAUACGGGCUCGGGAGAGACGAAGGUUGAAAGUCAUGCGUCCUCCGAUACACAACCCAACCAAGCCACACUGCUUCUUUACACAGCGCGCAUCCAACCCGGAAGCCAGCUGCACCAAUGUGAUGGAGGAAAUACUAUGCAUCUGGCAAGGUCGAAGGAAUUAUCACUCUGACAGAGUGCCAAAUCUCCUUUGUGGAGAUGGGAGAACCUUCCAGAAAGACAACCAUCUCUGCAGCACUCCACCAAUCAGGCCUUUUUGGUAGAGAAAAAGGCACCUGACAGCCCGCUUGGAGUUUGCCAAAAUGCCCCUAAAGGACUCUGAUUCUGAUUCUCAAGAUUCUCUGGUCUGAUGAAACCAAGAUUGAACUCUUUGAACUGAAUGCCAAGCGUCACGUCUGGAGGAAACCUGAGACCAUCCCUACGGUGAAACAUGGUAAUGGCAGCAUCAUGCUGUGGGGAUCGAGGGAAAGAUGAAUGGAGAAAAGUACAGAGAUCAUUGAUGAAAACCUGCUCCGGAGCGCUCAGUACCUCAGACUAGGGCGAAGGUUCAUCUUCCAACAGGACAACGACCCUAUGCACAAAGCUAAGACAAUGCAGGAGUGGUUUUGGGACAAGUCAAUGAAAGUCCUUGAGUGGCCCAGUCAGAGCCCGGAAUUAAAACCGAUCGAACAUCUCUGGAGAGACCUCAAAUGUGCAGCGACGCAUCAAACCUGACAGAGCUUGAGAGGAUCUGCAGAGAAGAAUGGGAGAAACUCCCCAAAUACAGGUGUGCCAAGUUUGUAGCAUCAUACCCAAGAAGACUCAAGGCUGUAAUUGCUGACAAAGUUUCUUAAACAAAGUAUUGAGUCUUUGGUCUGAAUACUUAUGUAAAUGUCAUAUUUCCAUUAUUUAUUUAUUUUUAUACAUUAGCAAAAAUGUAUAAAUCUGUUUUUGCUUUGUCAUUGUGGGGUGUGUGUGUAAAUUGAGGAGGGAAAAAAAUAUUUAAUCAAUUUUAAAGUCUUACCCUUUAACAUAACAAAAUGUAGAAAAAGUCAAGGGGUCAGAAUACUUUCAGAAUGCACGUGUGUGUGUGUGUGUGUGUGUGUGUGUGUGUGUGUGUGUGUGUGUGUGUGUGUGUGUGUGUGUGUGUGUGCGUGCGUGCGUGCAUGUGUGAAAUGUCAUAGAGGUUGAGGUGCAAAUCACAUAACACUGAGAAAGAAAAAUAUAUAUAAAUACUAUAUGGAAUCAUUGAAUCCAACACCUGUGUCUUGUUGUAAACAUGUUGAGUAAAACUUACACACACACAAGCCUUAUGUAAACUAAACACCUGCUACCUCGGAAGACUGUAGCAACUGCAUCUGUUCCUAACAUAAGCUUUGCUAUCUAUUUUGUAAGGGUUCCCAUGAGGCAACACACAUUUGUCCCAACGUCGUCUGGGUUAGGGGAGUGUUUGGCCUGCUGGGAUGUCUUUGUCCCAUCGCGCUCUAGUGACUACUUGUGGCAGCUAGGUGCAUGCAAGCUGACUUCGGUCGUCAGCUGUACAGUGUUCCCUCCGACACAUUGGUGCGGCUGGCUUCUGGGUUAAGUGAGCAGUGUGUCCAGAAGCAGUGCAGUGCAUCCUCGUGUUUCGGAGGAUGCAUUGCUCUCAACCUUCGCCUCUGCCGAGUCCGUACAGGAGUUACAGCGAUGGGAGAAGACUGUAACUAGCAAUUGGAUAUCACAAAUUUGGGGAGAAAAGGAGUAAAAAGCACCAAAAAUAAAACCAACAAAAACACCAACAAAAAAGGGGCGUGUUGGUAUUUCUCAAAACUGUUUCACAUACUCGCUGAUUGGGUUGUUAACCAAACAACAAGGUUGACUUCAGAUCGAUGUUGAGUUGAAUUUUGUGGAAAUUAAACUAAAUCAACAUUUCCCUAAGAAACAGCAGCUAUGUUUGCUUUCUCUCCCUCACACACAACACACACAGGCACACAGGCAACGGCUACUAUGUUAGUCCAUUUGGAACUUGCCCAUUAAGUCGAGUGUACCUCUCAAUACUAGGUCCACACAGUCACCAUGACAACCGAGAGAGCCAGCUCUUCCCAUACACACCAGCUAAUGAUAUCACUAAUGACAUACAGGCCGUUAGACUGGUAUCUGAUGACUGACAUGGUUGGUGGUCAUUGAAGUGUCAUUACAGAGUUGGCCUGAAGGAGGCAGAACACUCCUUAGAGGAAGGAUAUGAGAUAGGUGAACUGAUUCUGGAUCUGUGCCUAAAAGGGCAACUUCUACCUAGAGCAGGGAGCCUGAUCGGUGCCACACUUUUUUCCCCAGCUAACAUGCCUGACUGCAGUAAUCAACUAAUCAUGAUCUUCAGUUCAGAAUGCCAUUUGUUUAAUCAGCUGUGUUUGGUAGGGAUCGGGAAAAGGUGUGGCACCACUCCGGCCCUCGAAGACUGGAGUGGCCCAUCCCUGUUCUUGGUAGAAGUUGCCCAUUUAGGCACAGAUCCAAUAUCAGCUACCUGUCCCAUAUCCUAGAUCUGUGCCUAAAAGGGCAACCUCUAUCUAGUAUCCAUUAUAACAUUACAGACCAUCGGUAAUAUUGAGCUGAAGUUUUUCUAACAAGAUGUAUUUCUAUGUUUUGCUCCACUUUUUAUUUAAUUUAAUUGUUUUUGUAUAUUUGUAAUUUAUUUGUAUUCAAAAAAGUUGUGGAUUUAAUUAUCAAGGAUGAAUAAAAUGAUAAAUAUGGUUACUGAACACA